AUGACUGAUUCAAACUGGCCUCCCUUUGAGCGCGUCAACCCGCUUCUUCAUCUUACCUAUUCUGACGUCUGGCAUAUCUUGCGCUCUCUCUCAUUACCUUAUUGUCGUCUCUAUGAUUUAGGUUACACUUCAAUAGGCAACAUUCGAGAGUCGCAUCCGAAUCCUGCCCUCCGCUUCAAUACUUCCGAUGGCACGACCUCCUAUCGGCCUGCCUACCUCCUCGAGGAUGAAUCUCUGGAGCGUCAGGCUCGACAACUCCCAGAAGCCUAG